AUUAAAAAAAGGGGUAGGGGCACCUGGGUGGUUCAGUGGAUUAAGCCGCUGCCUUCAGCUCAGGUCAUAAUCUCAGGGUCCUGGGAUUGAGCUCCGCAGCAGGCUCUCUGCUCAGCGGGGAACCUGCGUCCCCCCCUCUCUCUGCCUGACUCUCUGCCUACUUGUGAUCUCUCUCUCUGUGUCAAAGAAAUAAAAUCUUAAAAACAAAAAAAGUGCUCAGAAUGCUGCAAGUGCUCAGAAUGAGCACUGUGACAACAAAUAGUAUUUUGCAGAUUUAUUUAAACACUGGACACCACUGUCUCUGGGGACCUGUGUCCGGCAGACCACAGCUCAGGAGGGGUGGCAACCAAAUUCCAGAAGAAUGUCCAUGCAGAACCCUGAAGCCUCAGCUCCAGCAACCAUCCUUGUUGUCUCAAGGGUUCAUUUCCAGUGCUGCCAUGAAGGAGUCUUUGAACUUAGUGUCUUGGAGAUGCCCUAAGGAGAUGUUAGAGACAGAAUGGGACCCGUUUCGGGGAGGUGGGGCUUUAUAACCUCCCCCAAGGGAGCUCUCAAGGCUUUGAGUUAAUGAGAACGUGCUGUUUUAAUUACUUUUAUAAUUAUUUAGGUAUGCUAAGGCCAGCAGGCCAGGAGAUUGCCUUUGAGAAAAGUGUUCCCUGCAGAUCUCUAGAGCAUGGGGCAUGGGGCACCACAGAGGGACACAUAGGGAAGCACCCACACUGGGUCAGCAGGCAGAAGUCUCUCAGCCAGGCUUACCCCAGCCAGAUGCACUGCUGGUCUUUCCAGGCCAAGUGGCUCAACUCUCCUGCAUGCUCAGCCCCAGCCAUGCCACCAUCGGGGAAUACGGCGUGUCUUGGUAUCAGCAACGGGCAGGCAGUGCCCCCCGAUACCUCCUCUACUACCGCUCAGAGGACGACUACCACCGGCCCCCUGACAUCCCUGACCGCUUCUCGGCAGCCACAGACGCCGCCCACAAUGCCUGCAUCCUGAUCAUCAGCCCCGUGCAGCCCGAGGACGAAGCAGAUUAUUACUGCUCUGUGGCUUACACAUCCUAGGGGUGGAGCGUGGGCUUCUUGUCUGCCUCUCAUUCCUGCACUCUCAUCUUGGGCGCCCCUCUUUUUCCAAACUUUGAACUCUCCUCUGUAAAAUGGGUUAACAGUAUUAAACAUGUAAAAAAGAAUAAUAUCA